CGGUCUUUAACUCAGUUGCUUUCGAGCUGUCGAACGGAGUGCAUUGCGGAAAGAGAGAGGGGUGUCGUUAAACUGCCUUUUCCCCACCUAUUCGCCUGUCCUGCCUGCCUGCCUGUCGCCUAAGCCUGCCUCGUCGCAGGCUUUGUUAUCAAGAACGCACGAAUACGUCCGCACUUGGGAGUGUGCCGCGACACGCGCAGUCGUACGGAUUUACGUCGCGAAUAGUCAUCGCCAUCGUUAUAUUCUCUCUUUCUCGCGCAAUAUUUUCUUUUCCUCUUUCGUACGCACGAGUUGUCGACAUGCGCUCCGUCGCACCGCCGAGUUAACUUCGUCGUGCGCGGACGAGUCCCCCUCGCCGGCGAAAACGGGAGUACCGACGCGUAAGAAGAGUUUGCGGUGUGAACGCACCGCGGACAAUGUGAAAAUCAGUCGACCGGAACUGCGCUUCUCUCCGGUUUCUGCUUGGCUCUUUCACUUAGCGAAGAAAGGCAGGGUGAAAAAUAUCGUUCCCGCGUGUUAGUCUCGCGCAUUAACCGAUCCCCGAUCGACGUGCAACGAAACGAGAUCCGAGAGACCGAGCGGGAUAGAGCAAUUCGGACGAAAGCGUGAUCCCGCCGAGAGAAGCUCGAGAAAAUGAAGCUCGAGGGAAAUUGCUCGACCGACGAUGACGACGUCAAUGGGAUUUUAUUGCAACCUAGGAAAAGCUCGACGGUGCGCCUGCAGAUCGUCCCGGCGCAGCCCAAGACGAUCACGCACCUGCCAAAGAGGCCGCCGGUCGACUUGGCGUUCAGCGACCUCACAUACAAAGUGCAGGAGGGCCGGAGGAACAAUACGAAGACGAUCCUCAAAUCCGUCAGCGGCAGGCUGAGAUCUGGCGAAUUGACGGCUAUUAUGGGCCCUUCUGGCGCGGGGAAAUCUACGUUACUGAACAUCCUCACCGGAUACAAGACGUCAGGUAUGGAAGGUUUGAUCACAAUAAAUGGCCAGGAAAGAGACCUCAGUGCCUUCAGGAAGCUUUCCUGCUACAUCAUGCAAGAUAAUCAACUUCACGCGAAUCUAACGGUGACGGAAGCCAUGAAGGUUGCGGCGAGCCUCAAACUUGGUUCACACAUCAGUAAAGUGGAGAAAGAAGAAGUGAUCCAAGAAAUCCUUGAAACACUCGGCUUGUCUGAGCACCGUCACACCAUGACCUCGAACUUGAGUGGUGGCCAGAAGAAGAGGCUUUCCAUCGCCCUCGAGUUAGUCAACAAUCCUCCUAUAAUGUUUUUCGACGAGCCAACUAGCGGCCUGGAUUCCUCGUCUUGCUUCCAAUGCAUCUCGUUAUUGAAGACUCUUGCACGUGGCGGCAGAACGAUAGUCUGCACCAUUCAUCAGCCGAGCGCGAGGCUCUUCGAGAUGUUCGAUUCUCUCUACACCCUGGCCGAAGGUCAAUGCGUCUACCAGGGCUCCACGUCGCAGCUGGUAGCAUUCUUAAGGAUAAUUGGCCUUAAUUGCCCGAGCUACCACAACCCGGCAUCAUUUAUCAUCGAAGUGUCAUGCGGCGAAUACGGCGACAACAUAAAGAAACUGGUGAACGCCAUAGACAACGGCAAGUACAACAUACGCGAGGGCCAGCCGUUUCCCGAAUUGAAGGAGGGAAUGAACAAUUGCACCGCCGCGACCGGUAUCCUGAAGAACGCCGAAGAACGCACGGAGAAGGCGGCGAACAUAAAGGAUAAGAACGACGUGAGCAACCUGAAGGAGGAGAAGUUUCCGGACAGCAAGUCGGACGACAUUAACAACGGGAAAUUCAUUUCCACCUACGCCACGAAUGACAUCGCUAAGCAAGCGAUGGACGUUGCGAUAACCGUUGACACCGAUAAGAAGGACAACGCCAACGUGGCAUUGCUCGAAGAACAAUCCAUUGUGGUGGCGCCCGAGAGAUACGCCACGUCCGAAUGGAUGCAGUUCUACACCAUCCUCAGGCGCACUUUCCUCUUCAGUCGCAGAGACUGGACUCUCAUGUGGCUGCGGUUCUUUGCUCAUGUCCUGGUGGCGUUAUUGAUCAGCGCCUUGUACUACGACAUCGGGAACGACGGCGCCAAAGUACUUAGCAAUCUGGGAUUCCUGUUUUUCAACAUGUUAUUCCUUAUGUACACUUCCAUGACAAUCACUAUUUUGUCCUUCCCGUUAGAACUGCCUGUACUUUUGAAGGAGAACUUCAACAGAUGGUACUCCUUGAGGGCGUAUUACUUAGCAAUUACCCUUGCGGACAUACCAUUCCAGACGAUAUUUUGCUUCAUGUACCUCUCUAUCGUGUACUUCCUCACCAGCCAACCGGCGGACACCACACGAUUCUCCAUGUUCUUGGGGAUUUGUCUAUUGAUCUCUUUCGUCGCGCAAUCAGUGGGCUUCGUGGUCGGUGCCGCGAUGAACGUGCAGAACGGCGUGUUCCUGGCGCCAGUGAUGUCGGUACCGUUCCUCCUCUUCUCAGGCUUCUUCGUCAGCUUCGACGCGAUCCCGGUUUACCUACGAUGGAUCACCUAUCUCAGCUACAUCAGAUACGGUUUUGAAGGAACCGCCUUGAUCGUUUAUAGCUUCGGCCGGGAAAAACUGAAGUGUUCUCAGGUGUACUGCCACUUUAAGAAUCCGGAGACGACGCUGGAGGAGCUCGACAUGCUCGACGCUGACUUCAACCUCGACAUUCUCGCUCUCCUGCUGAUAUUCGCCGUGCUGCGAAUUUCCGCGUUCCUCUUCCUCCGUUGGAAGAUCAAGAACGUCCGAUAGAUUGCCCGCUGAUCGUGCACUUCCAGGUCCGAGUACAGUCAGACACGGUUGAGUGCGGACGUGGCCGGUAGCACGGUGUUGCGUUCUUCCGAUAGUUAUUUUCCGAUAUUAGGCAACGACGGACGCGUGUGUACAUGUAUAAUCAGUAAUCUCGUAUGAUACUUAUAAAACAACGGAGAUUCGAGUUACGACGUGUAUCGCUGCGGCAACGGAACAGGGGAAACUUGUGCAAACAGUGGAUUUUCGUGGCAUUCACUUGGCGACCACCCUCGCGAACAAUUAAACAUCCUUUGUCGAAGGAGCACUGUACGUUUCGAAUGUAUCGCAGAAAUAUGACUUACUCUCCUUCGUGCUUAGGGUUGCUGAGUUUAGUUGGUUUAGUUAGGAAUAACACUAAUGUAACUUAUUUAUCUCUAGUUUAGUAAUACGUACACACACACACACACACACACACACACACACACACACACACACACACACACACACACACACACACACACACACACACACACAUACGCACAUGCAUACACACAUACAUGACGACGGCUGGUAGUUACGACUGUAACGUAUUUGUUCAGGGUACUUUUCUCUACGUUAUGUAUAUCUUUUCUUUCCUAUUAUACGUCAGUAACACUCUCGUUAGAACGCAACCAAAUACCCACGUCUGUGUUGGAUCUACCGUCGACUAAGUCGGAACGUUACGUCAUGCGACGCAAUUAUCGCGCGACGUAAAAUAAGAAGCGAAACGAAAGUGCUUCGAUCGUGGCCUUUGGGAGAGCAAAGGUCUUCCGUCGAUCACUUUCGGUCGUGUCUACAUUCGUGGACGAAUACGGGGCCUUGAUUGAUAAUGUGUUUCACGAGUGACUCUAUUCUAUCCACCAAUGGCUGUGAGCUUAAUGAUGCAAAAGAAAAUACAAAGGAUUAGAUAAAAUUAAUGCGAAUGCUCGUGCGUCUCAUAUAAAGAUACACCCGAAGUCGAGACUCACGAGCGUACGAGUCUAUCUUGCCAGAUUAAUUGUAUGUUGAAGACCAAUAUUGUUAACAUACUUUAUAAAACAAGGCAGUCCUGACAGAUGAUGUCGAAACGAGCAUUUACGCGCUUCCACAAGAGCUUACGACUAUUACGAAGAAACAAUAGACGAACUACUUUUGCGUGCGUUUUUAUACUUGUGCCACUUUUUAUACGCGUGAAUCAACAAUCGUCUUGGUAAUAAAUCAUGAUAUAAGAUGGCAAAGCGGAGCAUUUCCAAAAAUAUAUCUAGAGGGAAUACGGGAGGGAAUAUCGCUUUAAAGCGAUACUUUAAACCUACAUACGAAUUUCGUGAACGUUCUCACGAUUCACCAAAGUUAAUUGGUUUUCGACGUAAAUUAUAAUGCUGCUUAUUAGUUAAUUAAAAUCAACGAAUUACGAAUCGCACUAGUAGAAUUAUAGCGCUCGAACGAACAAGGACAACUAUUACGAUAUCGUUUAUACUUAAGUGAACAAUGAAGAACAACAAGAGUACAUCGAAUGCAUAAUCGGUCGCUAGUAGAUAUACUUUUGUAAAACACGAAGUGCAACGAGAUGCAUGUACCUGUACUGGUUUGGCAUAAUCGUUGCUAUAGUUUAUAUUGCAUAUAUGAUGAUGAAAUAAAAUAUGCUUUUCAUAAUAUGUUCAACAAACUCUACUAAUCCCUUUUCUUCAUCUUUUUUAAACUUUUUUGAACUUUGACUGCUAAAAACACCGAUAGAAGUAGAAGCAAAGGAAACUUUAAAAAAAGUAUAUGUACAACUAGCUGACGGAAUUAUCUUAAGAGCCCUAUCUUUUAACACAUGAGAAUGUAAAAAGAUGACAUUAAAGCGUUAUCUAAAUUAAA